UCUGGACCAUCUUACUGGGCGUGUUCCACUUCAUUUUCAGCGUGUGUAAAGGAUUCUUCCUGAUUAUUUGGCACACUCUUUUCGGAGGCAGUUUGGUGGAAGGAGCCAAAAACAUCACCGUGACGGAGCUCCUGGCCAGCAUGCCCGACCCCACUCAGGACGAAGUGCACGGAGACCUUCCUGGAGAAGCAGGAAGCGGUGAAGAACAAGAAGCGGGAGGAGUAACGGAUUCUACUGAGGCGGCACAAGGAGAAGAAGAAGGUGAAGACAGCACAGAGCAAGAUGUGGGGAAGAUCCCAGGUAUCGACACACCGGGGGGUCUGGGAGAUAUGGGAGAUACAACACCUAUUGAACCUCCGACUCCAGAGGGUUCUCCUUUAACCAAGAGGAAGAUGCAGCCAGAAGAAGGAGGAACCGAGCAGGCAGCAGCUCCUGAGCAGCCUCCUCCAGAGCUGGAGAAAGCCGACACUGAAAACGGAGAGAAGACGGAAAAGGAAGCCGAGAAGAAGACGGAGGAGCCGCAGGACAACGUAAAGGUCCAGAAGCCCAGCAAGGCCAAGAAAGAUAAAAAAACAACCAGAUACGGAGGAUUUGAGCUGUGGAACGAGCUGGACGUCCAGCGAAAUAAAUUCAUGAAUUAUCUGUCUCGCAACUUCUACAACCUCCGCUACCUGGCUCUGUUUAUCGCCUUCGCGUUGAACUUCAUCCUGCUCUUCUACAGGGUGUCGGACACGCCUCCAGGUGAUGAGGAGCUUGAAGGUUCGGGUGUGUUUGAGGGUUCUGGGCUUUUCGAAGGUUCAAGUGAACAGAUGGACGGCUCUGGAGCGGAGGAUAUCAGGGGUGAUGAUGAUGAUGAUGAGGAAGGCCCUGUGUAUUACUUUCUGGAGGAGAGCACAGGAUACAUGCAGCCCACGCUGGCCUUCCUCGCCAUCGUACACACCGUCAUCUCCUUCAUCUGCAUCAUCGGAUACAACUGUCUCAAGAUCCCACUGGUGAUCUUUAAGCGAGAGAAGGAGCUGGCGAGGAAGCUGGAGUUCGAUGGACUUUACAUUACUGACCAGCCUGAAGAUGAUGAUAUUAAAGGACAGUGGGACAGACUUGUGCUCAACACACCCUUGUAUCCUAAUAACUACUGGGACAAGUUUGUCAAACGCAAGGUGCUGGAUAAAUACGGCGAUAUUUACGGACGAGAGCGAAUCGCAGAGCUGCUGGGGAUGGACCUUGCCUCGCUGGACGUCAGCAAACAACAAACCGAUAAAAAACCACAAGAACCGGAUAACUCCAUUUUAGCCUGGAUCGCUGCAAUUGAUAUCAAGUAUCAGAUCUGGAAGUUCGGAGUCGUAUUCACAGACAACACGUUCCUCUACCUGGUGUGGUACACGGUGAUGUCACUGCUCGGACACUACAACAACUUCUUCUUCGCGUGUCACCUGCUGGACAUCGCCAUGGGCGUGAAGACGCUGCGCACCAUCCUGUCCUCCGUCACGCACAACGGCAAACAGCUGAUGAUGACAGUGGGUUUGUUAGCGGUGGUUGUGUAUCUCUACACCGUGGUUGCGUUUAACUUCUUCCGCAAAUUCUACAACAAGAGUGAGGACGAGGACGAGCCUGACAUGAAGUGCGAUGACAUGAUGACGUGUUAUCUGUUCCACAUGUAUGUUGGAGUGAGAGCAGGUGGAGGUAUCGGUGAUGAGAUUGAGGAUCCUGCGGGGGAUGAGUACGAACUUUACCGCGUUGUUUUCGACAUCACCUUCUUCUUCUUCGUCAUCGUCAUUCUGCUGGCCAUCAUUCAGGGUUUGAUCAUCGACGCCUUCGGUGAGCUGAGAGACCAGCAGGAGCAGGUCAAAGAAGACAUGGAGACCAAAUGUUUUAUCUGUGGGAUUGGGAGCGAUUACUUUGACACGACUCCACACGGCUUUGAGACACACACCUUAGAGGAACACAACCUGGCCAACUACCUGUUCUUCCUGAUGUACCUGAUAAACAAGGAGGAGACGGAGCACACCGGGCAGGAGUCGUACGUGUGGAAGAUGUAUCAGGAGCGCUGCUGGGAUUUCUUCCCUGCUGGUGAUUGUUUUAGAAAACAGUAUGAGGAUCAGCUGGGAUAGGAAGUAACGCGCACACACACACACACACACACACACACACACACUCACACUCACACACACUCACCCAGUGGCAGAGAACAGUUUUGAUUAUUCUAGAUGUAAUUGGUUAUAAUUAAUAAAUAGUUUUGAAGUGUUUGCUUUCCCAGGGCAUUAGUAUUAUAUUUGUAUAUACUAUAAUAUAUAUACUCUACUUUAUACUGUUAUAUAUUAUUAGUAGUAUAUUAUUAUAACAUUAUAAAGACACUAAUUGUCUAAUGACUAAACUGUAAUGAGUGUGUAUGAGGGGGAUCGCUGUACUUCCUCUUCUUUAAACAGUUAUUGUAUUUAAUAAAUUGUGUUCUGCAGAUA